CCUCUAUUCGAUUGUUAAUCUGGUUUCACCUUUCGCUCUCUAUUGUGACUGAAUUGCUGGCUGUCAUCGAUCUUCCAUUCUUGUCUUGCUUGCUGGUCAACUUUAUUCGAUAUGCGUAUACAGCUUUUAUUACCUCUGCUAUUGCUCAUUUCUGCAAUUGGAGUGCUUGCUGUCCCGGCGCCGACUCCUGCGCCGACUCCUGCUCCUACUACGGCCGAGGCCCAUGUCGAGCAAAGAGGGACAGAAACAGCCAACGAUUAUGACCCCCAUAUUACCAUUGAGGUUCCCAAAAUCACGAUCAAGCCCUUUAGUCUGUCACUGGAUCUGCCUUCCGACACCUGCACACCUACCAUCACCCCCGAUGCGAAUGGCUGGGUUCCGGCAACCGAAUGCAAUGCCCUUUACAACUACUACCCUUCCUUUGGCGCUGCGAUUGCCUUUUCCGUUCUUUUUGGUGCCUUGAUGGUCACUCAUUUUGUCCAGGCCACUGUCUACAAGGCAGGGUUCGCCUGGGUCAUCUUGAUGAGCGCGGCAUGGGAAUGUGUAGGAUUCGUGGUACGCACGCUGAGUACGCGCGAUCAGCAGGACAGUACUCUUGCCACGAUCACUCAGUUGUUUAUUCUUUUGUCUCCAUUGUGGGUCAAUGCAUUCGACUACAUGGUUCUGGCCCGAAUGAUCCACUUCUUCGUCCCGGAUCGUCGAAUAGGCAUCUUCAAACCCUCCGUGCUGGCCAUGAUCUUUGUGGUCCUGGACCUAGGGUCCUUUGUCAUCCAAUUGAUUGGAGGCAGCAUGGCCGGACCCGGGGCGGACCACGACACCAUGAUGAAGGGUAUUCACAUCUACAUGGGCGGAAUCGGCAUACAGGAAUUCUUCAUUAUUCUCUUCCUCUUCAUCGCGAUACAAUUCCACCGCCAGAUGCUCCAUCUCGAUCGCCAGGGGAGACUCGUUGGACUCAAGGCGAAAUGGCGAGGCUUGCUAUAUGCGUUGUACGCGAGUCUGCUAUUCAUCACGGUGCGCAUCAUCUUCCGCCUGGUGGAGUUUUCCUCGGGGAAUGACGCGUCAAAUCCCAUCCCGCAGCAUGAGUGGUACAUGUACGUUUUUGACGCUGUCCCCAUGUGGUUUGCUAUUGUGGUUUGGAACGUGGUUCAUCCGGGGGCCAUCAUCAAAGGCCCCGAUGCAAAGAUGCCGCCAAGCCCUCUGCGCAAGAUCUUUUGCUGCGCUUGCUGUUGUUCCUGCUGCAGAAAGCGGAAGAACAAGGACAUGCAGAAGAUUCCAGAUAAUGACCACCUAGAAGGCGAUGAGAUGUUGCCGCUGCGGGAGCGGGCGGCUUCACCAUACAGAUAAUGCUCAUCGAUUGCUUCUCUGGUAGAAUGCUAUUUUACCUUUCUUUUCUUCUCAAAUAUACUGUCCGUCUACAUGAUUUUAUGUAUCGGCGUUGUAUUCAAUUCCUAAAAUUGUGACCUUACACCAUCAAAGAGACAGGAACAAAAGGUCUGUGGUCUGAUUCUUGGAUGACUUUCUCCAUCAUGUAUAUCUAGAAAUAUGUCCUUUGUGAUACAAAUUGAGUC